UUUCCCAAAUCCCAGCUCAGCUCACUGUGGAACAACUUGUCGUUGUGUCUGUGUCGUGUGUGUUUGUGUUGGUGUUGGUGUUGUGUUCGUGAUUCGUGUUCGUCAAUACAACAAACAGAGCUUCUCCGGUAUUACUUUGCUCAAAGUACGCACCGCUACUCUAACGUCUUUUUAUCAGCAAAGGUCAUUGGAACGUCAACAAAUAAACAAAAUUUGAAAUGGCUGAUUCGUCCUUUGAAAAAAAUCUCACCGAACUCGCUAAAAUGAAGGUGGCUGACUUACGAGCUGAGUUGAAACAAAGAGGACUCCCAAUUACAGGAAACAAAAAUGAACUAGUAGAGAGACUACAAGUUGCUAUUCAAGAUCAGAAUCUAUUGGAUGACAGUACUAAUGAUGAUGACAUUGAUGAAGAUGCUGUAUUAGGUGAUGAAGAGUUGGAUGCUGAAGUUGGACUAUCGGUUAAACCUGAUUCUCAAGAGCAGCCUGAAAAAAGAAAAGCUGAAGAAAAAAUUGAUCCACCAGCUAAAAAGAUUGUCCUGAAUAGAAAAAAUAUUGUAGAAGAAAUUAAAGAAGACGUUGCUAAAAUUGAAGAAAAGACUUCUGAAAAACCAGAUGAAACUGCAGAACCAGAAAGGAAAGUAAUCAAAUUAUCAACAGUCAGUACUACAGAGAGAUUAGAAAUGAGAAAAAAGAAAUUUGGAGUACCAUUAUCAGAAGUAGCUAAGAAAGAAGCCAGAGCAGCUCGAUUCAAUAUCACAUCUAAUAAUGGUGCUGCUAGCAAUGGAAAAUCAGGAAAAUCUGCAGCUUCAAUUAAAAAUUCAAAUGUAGAGACCAACUUGGAACUUUUGAAGAAACGUGCUGAAAGAUUUGGUACAAAUGUAUCAAGCCAAUUACAAAAAGCUGAACUACAGGAAAAAAUAGAGAAACGUAAAGCUAGAUUUGGGGAAGUGAAAGAAAUUGAGAAAGUAGUCCCAACUAAAAUUAAGCUUGUUAAAUGAUAUUCUGUUGAAUAUAUAUCAUUAGCCACUUAAAAAUUAAAUUACUAAAUAAAUUUUUUCUUCACAAAAGUAUGUAAAUAUUUUUAUGUAUUACUUGACAACAGAAUUAUUUUAAGUUAAUAUGUACUUUUUAAAUGAAUAUUCAUUACUGAAUAAACUUUUUACUAUUGUAGUUUUUUUGGAUAAAUAAAAAAUUGUAAUAAAAUUAAAAACAAAGAAUUAGAUAACUCAUUGAGAAUUUUUUACGAUGUAUAACUAGGUUAAAUAUAUUGUACACACAUUUUGUUCUUUAGUUUAAAAAAUAUAAUUGAAAUACAAGAUAUACUCCAAUAAUAAUUUAUAUAAGUUUAACAUCAUCAUAUUUCCGAUCUAAUUAACUUAAACAUUAUAAAACUGACUACAAUUAUAAAACAAUAUUAAAAGUAAA